CAAAAGAAGCCUACUACUCCCAAGACGGGCUCCGGCAUCAAUAGUCUCAUCGCAGCAUGCAAUACUAAUGACCGCUUCAAACUUCUUGAAGACGACAACGUACUCCCAUCGGACCUAGAUAAUUCCAUCCAUCCCAUAUUCUCAUGGUUCCCUUGCAACGGACGAAUGAAGCAAAUGCUCCAGCUCGCUUCGCAAUUCAUCACACACGACUCUCUUCUUGUUUUCUUCGUACCACUAUUAUAUGGACGCGAGUUGACCGGUGCCAUUAAUGCCACAAGCAAAACAUACCUUUCAGAUCCCCUAGCCAACGUUCCUGAGGCGAAAAUUACGGAAUACAUAGCUGGAGUCCGUGAGGCUCUACAUUGUCUUGGUCACAGCAUAGUAUUUGAGUUUACACCACCAGCGAAACGGGUAUAUGCUCGCACGAUACGAAGCAAUGACAAGCCGACGCACACUUCGACUUGCUGCCCCGCAUUUCAGAGAAGGUAUUCCGCUAAAAUCGAGAUUGCAGAUUACUUCAGGACUUAUUACGACGAUGAACGUGGCUACGCGGCAGCCUCCCGCUGCGCUCAAUUCCGACAUGAUUUCCUGUUCGCCUCAACCCUUGUACACGAGCUUGUGCAUGCUAUCGGAGUUCUGCGUCGAGGUAAUCUAAACGAGCCACACAUUCGAGCUGACUGUCCAGAUACCGAAUGGGGCUAUGGUUGGGAGCAUUUCAUGUUUGGUAGCAUCAUUAACCCUCAAGAUAGGACGGGACAUGGCACGCAUCUACUCAUGCGAAAGAUUUGGUCUGACCCGAAGGUUGCAGAUAAAGCUGGAGGAAAAGAGUACUGCGACGUACCUAUGUCUUAUAUUGCACAAUGGUUCCGCAACAAGACAUGGGGCACCAUCGACGAACAUGGCCCGACCGCUAUCCCACCACCGACCGCUCACUUCAAAAUCCAGUCUUCAAAGAAGCACUGCGCUUGGGUUGUCGCAACCGACUGCCCAGAAGUCAAGUCCGAUCUCAUAGCCCUUCACAACGGUUGGAAAGAGUACACUCAAAAACUCCAGCUUAGUGCUCGAUCAGCUCGAGGCUCUUCAUCGCCACCAGCUGGCGUAUCUGUGGCUACUAAGAUCUUGUGGCGUCUUCAGACAACAGAAGAACUGCAAAAAACAAACGUACCGUUCAUUGUGCGUAUACCGAAAAGGAUGCAACAGUGCCUGACU